CUAGCGUUCGCAAGGGCCAUCUUCUUCCUUUUUACCCCCUCUGCCUCAAUCAGCACUCAGCUCUUAAGUCAACUCAACCCAACACGCUCCGACCGAAGCAAACAACAACAACAACAGCAACGAGGGGAAGCAGAACGGAGUAGAAUAGGGAAGGUUAGAAUCUCCAGCUUGCCAGACUCGGAGCGGGCAAGGAAGGGGAACGGAACCACACCUCCUAGCCGUCACUUUUGUAGAAAGGCGAAGGAAGAAGAGAGCGAGAAUGUUAUUCGAAGAAGAGGAUGCAGCGCUAUUGAAGAAAUGGAUUAUUAAACGGUUGGAGGAUAUUUCCGACGCUGAUUCGGAUGUCCUGGCGGAUUACGUGCUCGCCUUGUUGAGACAUGAUCAGACCCAGGAGGAGGUUCAAAAAUUGUGUAUUGAGCAGUUGGAUGAUUUUCUUCAUGAUCAUACCGCGCAAUUCGUUAAGGAUGUCUUCGUCACCCUCAAGAAUCAGGGUUUUAUGGGUCACGUACAACCGCAGAAUCCACAGUCAUUGAUUACACCCGGGGUUUCUCACUCAUCGUUGGUGGUAGCAGGGUCAGUAGUGGACAAUCGCGGGACGGAGAUUCGGGGGAUCAAGAGGGAGAGGAGUCACUUUGAGCGGGAUAGGGAAGGGUCAUCCGGACAGGACACAUAUUCGCCGAGUAUGGGGAGCGCGAGAGGUUACAAAGCGCCGCGACGCGGUGGUGGUGCUCCGAGUGGUCCCGGGAGAUGGAAUGGCGGGAAUGGGAACGGUGGUGGAGGUCAUGCUGGCGGAGGAGGCCCUGGAAGGGGUGGCAUUGGUGGCGGCAGUGGAUACGGUCAUCCACAAGGGUCCGUGGAGAUUCCGUUUGUUCCUCCUGGUGGCCCUCCGGUUCCCCCGGCUAUUCCCCAGUUCGGUAUGCCCCCCAUCCCACCCCCUGGAUUUCCCUGGGCUAUUCCUGGGCCUGGUGAUCCUAUGGGUGCAUAUCUGGCCGCCCAGGCCGCUGCGGUGGCAUGGGGUGGUUUCCCACCAAUCGGCCCUCCGGCGGUCGGAAAGGGUGAAGAAAAGAAAGCUAUUGAAAAGGUUGGGGAGAGGUGCAAGGAUUAUGAUGAGAAAGGAUUCUGCAUGAAGGGCGAUAUGUGUCCGUAUGAGCAUGGAAUGGAUCGCUAUGUUGUACCAACAGAGGCCUCUGCUGCGGAUGGUUGGGACCUUCCCUUUCCGCUCGUCGCAGCAGCCUUUUUUAUGGCUAACCCUUUGGCAGAAUAUGAUCCAAACAAUUCGCAGCUGUUCUCUGCUGAUACACCUACUCAGAAUAAUCAUAGCAAUAAUAAUAACAACAGGGCUCAUGGAGAUAGUAGAGGCCGUGGUAGAGGUAGGGGAAAUCGCGGAGGAGGAGGAGGUGGUGGUGGCGGCGGCGGCGGAAACAGAGGUGCUCGAUCCGAAUUCUCGGGUACCGGACCUUCCUAUGAUCGCAGUAAUACAACGCUUGUGGUUGAACAUAUUCCCGACGAUAAACUGGAGGAGUCGGCCAUCAGGGCGUUCUUCUCGGAGUUUGGAACUGUUUUGAAAGUGGAUGUCACCGCGGAUAAACGGCUUGCCACGGUGAAGUUUGAGCGUUGGGACAUGGCCAGAAAGGCAUACGACUCCCCCGCCCCUAUAUUCGAUAAUAGGUUCGUGAAGGUAUUCUGGUAUAAACCUAAUGCAGAGCAGAAUGGGACUACGACGGCUCCAGUGGUCAAACAUAAAGAACCGUCUCCUGUCGCCGAUGAAAUGGAAAUUGAUAUGGAGGAGUUUAAAAAGAAGCAAGAAGAAGCCCAAAAGGCUCACGAGGCGAAAAUGCUCAAGAAAAAGGCCAAUGAAGAAGCCGCGAAGGAGCUGGAAAGAAGGAAAGAAGAGCUCCAGAGGAUGCAGUUGGAAGAGAAGCGCAAACUAGAAGAAAAAUUAGCCAAAAAGCGAGCCAGAAGUGCCGCCGCCUCGGCCUCGCCCCCGGCAUCCGGGACGUCCCCGGCCGCUGGGGGCAUUUCUAAGACUGAUGCUCAGGCCGCUACUACUGCUGCCCUCGAAGCGCAAUUGCGAGCCCUCCAGGCAGAGGCAGAAUCUCUGGGGAUUGAGGGUGGUGAUACUGUUCCUGAGUAUGGCUCCUACCGAGGAAGAAGUCGCGGCAGGUUUCCAUUCAGGGGGAGAGGCGGGUAUGCUCCCCGAGGAAGGGGAGUCUAUGUUCCCGUUUAUGGAUCUUAUGGGGGUCGUGGAGCGUUCCCAACUGCUAGAGGUAGAGGUGGUACCUUGAAAUUGGAUAAUCGUACUCGAAAAAUUACUGUCAGUGCUGCUGAUCUUAGGGGUGGUAAGGAUGAGGAGUUCAGGCACUACCUUAUGAACACCGGCCUAGAGGUUGAGGGCAUUGAACCGCAUCCCGACAAAGAUGACACACAAAUCGUCACAUUUAAGGAUAGAAGAACUGCUGAGAAGUUCAUCUAUACCGGAAACGACAUCCCGAACGUCGGUGAAGUAACCUUGGCCUGGUUCAAUGCACCACCACCCAACCCAUCCCCUAGCAAAUCUGAGGAUCCAAGCCGAAUGGACACGGAAGAGAACGGCACUUCAGCAGCAAGUUCAAGUGCUAUUCACCAUCACCAUAUCAAUUCUAACGACCAUGGAGACGAUGACGUCUACGAGGAUGACGAAGGCCGCUGGCUUCCAGAUGAAUGA